UGAAGAAAAAGAUGGGACUUCUCUCUGUUUUGUUGAAAUGGAAUGAGUUUGAUCCUCCAUCCCAAGAGGAAAAGCAGAGAAAUGAAAGAGUAUGCAGGCUUUACCAACACAAUCGAAACCCAUUUGUAGAUCAUCCAGAGUAUGCCAAUCUGAUAUGGAAACAUGUCGUUUCAAAUCAUCAAAAGUCUUCUAGCACCUUGAAGCUGUUGUCAAUCAUCCAGAAUAAGGAGUCUGAAAAACGUGAGUAAAAAAUUUACUUGUCCUUUGAAGUUCUGAUUACGUUUACGAGCAUUAUCAAGAUGGAAAUCCAGAGUUCGUGUGUAGAGCUAUGCCUAGAUUAUGGAAGCGAUGACAAUUUGUAUCAAAAU